CCUAAAGGGAAGAGAGAAGGGUAUUGACUCAACUUUUCCAGUGCCUACCGCUCAUUAGUAGUGGAUAAUCGAGACGAUUGUUCAAACGACUCCGAUAAAAACGUUUAUUCGAGCUACGAGGUGGCGCUGACUGAUGUUUUGAAAUUACGCUUACGCAGGGGCCGCCCGCCCAGCGAUAUUUUAGCGACUGGCAGCAAAAAGUUCCAAGUUUAGACUUCAGGCGGAUCUUAAUAUUUGCGGUAGUAGUCCAAACUCCGAAGUCGAGAGUGUCCGCGGGUGUGCAAAUGGUGGAGAUUUUGCACACGAAAGAUUAUCUGUUAAGUACACAAAUUUUAAAGUUUGUCGGUUCGUGAUUCUAAGUGCAGUAAGAAGUUAGUGCGGACAGCUCGACUCUUGACUCUCUCCAGCGUCUGUGUGUGUAUAUUCAACGACCGACAACACCGUAUCAAUCGACUUACUGCAGCCAACUCGACCCACGACGAGAUAUACACACACAUACACAAACAAAUGUAUAGACAUAUACACAUAGAUAUCUACGGCGGAUACUAAGCAGCGGUAGUAUAGCGGCGAAGCGCCAAGAGCAGCAGUCAAACAAUUCGCAAUUCGCAUCUCGUCGCUUGCUCCUGAUAAUAUAGUUUUGUCCGCAAGGUCUGACAGCGCAUAUAAUCCAUUUAUUUUCUAAUAUACUUUUUUUUAAUAUUUCUUUUGAUUCAAUAUGAUUAAACUUAGUAAAAAAGCUGCCUGGAUCAUCAUGGACAAAUCCGUGGUAACAGUAGUAAUAAAUUUGUUUAUAUUUUUUGUAUUUGCCGAUCAUAUGGAUGGUUUUUAUCGAUGGAAACAGUGGAAACUUACCAACACAUCAGCUGUUGCCGUUGAACCAACUAGAGAGUAUAACAUUGUUUUCACAAACUCAAAUAAAAGAAAAAAGAAGUAUCCAGCAAGAUAGCAAAAUGAAUGACCAACAGCAACAUUAUCAACAACCAACAUAUCAACAACAGCAAGGACAGCAACAAACACAGCAACAACCACCUCAACAAAAUAAAAAUAGUGGAGAUGAUCGAACUAAUUUAAUUAUUAACUAUUUGCCUCAAAGUAUGACAGAAAAAGAGCUUUACAGUAUGUUUGUCACAAUUGGUCCAGUUGAGUCCUGUAGAGUUAUGAAAGAUUACAAAACUGGUUAUAGUUAUGGUUUUGGUUUUGUAAAUUAUGCCAAAGCUGAAGAUGCUGCCACAGCAAUUAAUACUCUCAAUGGUCUUCAAGUUCAAAAUAAGAGGUUGAAAGUUUCAUUUGCAAGACCUUCUGGUGAAGAAAUUAAAGAAACAAACUUAUAUGUUACUAAUUUGCCAAGAAAUAUCACAGAAAAACAAGUUGAAGAAAUUUUCAACCGAUUUGGUCGCAUUGUUCAAAAAAAUAUAUUAAAAGAUAAACUUACAGGAUUGCCUCGAGGAGUAGCCUUUGUCAGAUAUGAUAAACGCGAAGAAGCUCAAGAAGCCAUCAAUCAUUUACAUGGUACAAUACCAGAAGGAGGUUCUGAACCACUUAGUGUUAAAAUUGCAGAAGAGCAUGGGAAACAAAAGGCAGCUUAUUAUGCUGGUUGGCAAGCAGGAUUCAAUCAAAGUCGCGUUGCUUUAUUAGAAAAACAAAUUAAUAUUGCAAUGCUUGAGGAACAAUAUGGAGAUCUAGGAAUCAGAGAGCAUAUCUUGUAUAAUGGAAAAAAAUCUUCAAGAAAAUAUUCUAGACUACCUGCUUCUCCAACAAAGUCACCAUUCCACAACUUUUGGCAUUGAAAUAAUCGCUAACAUUGAUAAUGCGGAUUGUAUUUUUAUAACUGUGUAAUUCAUCGUUUUUGUUUUUAAAGCAAAAGAAUAAUGUGAUAUUGGGAAAAUACCCCACAAUUUAAAUUUGAUGACUAAAAAAAAGUAGUAACUUUUCUAGAUUCUUUUUUUGUUUUGUUUUAAAUAAUUUUGUUAAUUUAUUUUGAUGAAUUUAGUAUCUCAACUUUUGUUUGCAUUAUGCAUACUUGAACACUUGAAAACGGUAAAUUUAACACGAGUUGAAAAUUGUAAUGAUUAAAUAUUUUUAUAUCAAGAAUAUUAUUAGAGAAUUAAGUGUAUAUUCUAUUUAGCUAACUUGUAAUUUAUGAGUACAAUGCUUAUCACUAGGCUUUUAUAAGUCGUUUUUCAAAGUGUAUUAUGUGAAGUCAUGUAAUGAUUUAUGGAUAAUUUUUCACAUUAAUUUGUGAAUCUUUAUUAAAUUAUAUAUUUCUAUCAAAAUUAGUAUCUUUAUAAACACUUGACUUAAUGAACAUUAGAAAAAGUAUUGAUUCUAUAUUCACAUUGCUUUGUUCAUUAAUCCUGUUCUG